CUUUUACAAAUUUGUGUUGACACAUACACAAAACUACAACACUAAAAUAUACAAAUCACAGACAAAUUCGAAGUACUUUAUAUACAAUAAUUAUAAUGACUGAGCACUUAGUUCCUAUCAGCAACCCAAUAUACGCACCUCCAAUUAACAACAACAGCGACUUGUUUGGUUGUCAGCCUUCCAUAAACACUGAAUACAACCACAGUAGCUGGCCAGGAACAGAGUAUCCAUACACAGCGCAGGACCACCUCGCCCUUAGAAGAACAGCUCACAAGAAUUUCAUCAGACCCCGCACCCUGGACGGCGUUACGGUCCAUAAACCAGUUGAUGAAGAGGCGUAUAGCUGUAACUGCAACUUGGAUAAUUCUCCGUGGAACUCCAAGAUGAACAGUGAAGCGCUCAAAUAUGAGGUAAAAAGUGGUGUGUUGAAAAGAGGUUGCGACUGUCUCAAGAGGAAUGGUCUUCAGGAUCAGUGUCCUAGGAUUAGGCACGAGGGUCGCUGGCAAAGGGGUGGAAGUGGUGAGGUCUUACCACCGAGAUCAUACUAUACCGACCACAUCCAGAGACGAUCGAGGCCACAGAAUAACACUUGUGAGGCUGUAACAUCGCGACAACAUGGGGCUGAGACGUUGGCAGGAUCAUAUCCUUGCGAGGCUUUAUUGAUUUGCAAAAGAGCUAACGAAAAGUCUGUAAAUGAAAAGUGCUAGACUUAAAAAAAAGUAGGAAGAUCCUGCUUGUAAAACGUUAGAGACACCUAAAAAUAUCCAAAUA